AUGUACCGCUACACACCCUCGCUCGCAGCCGCCAUCCUCUGCGUCGUCGCCUUUGGUAUCCUGGCGAUUGUACAUUUGGCGCUUUAUGUAAAGGGGAGUAAUAGGGUUGUUGGAUUGGUUUUUGUGGGUGCGGUUUGGGUUGGCAUCAUGGGAACAAUGCAACUCUCCCUCGCUAUCGCCGGUUCGAAAAUCGUCAUCGCGGGUUUAGCACUACAAGUCGCUACCUUUCUCGUCUUCCUCACCGCUGCCCUGGACUUUCAGUGGAGGAUGUUGCGGAAACAAACUACUUCAGCGUCUACUGUAGAGAAAGGGCCGCCUGUCUGGAGGAAGACGCUAUAUGUGCUUUAUGGUGUUAGUACGUUGAUUCUGCUGAGGUGUGUGUUUCGGUUGGUGGAAUAUUCGAUGGGGAAUGCGGCAUAUGCUAUGGCGCAUGAGUGGACGUUGUAUUGCUUUGAUGCGCUGCCCAUGGUGGCGGUAUUGGUGGUUUUGGCGGUAUUGAGGCCGGAGAGGUGUUUGGAAGGGGAUGUGGUGAUGGUGGAGGAGAAGGGCGAUGGGGAUAGUGAUGGUGAGAUCAGGGUUGUGGAGGGUGUGGUUUGA